AGGCCCUUGUCACCGGAAGCUAAUUCGUGUUCGGACGGGUCCAAUCGCAGCGCAGAUCGCAAGGUGGGACGCCGGACGCUGCCCUUCGUGCUGCCCCUUGAGCGUCUGCGCCGCCUGAGCCUGAGCAAGCAUGGCUGCAGCACUCCAGAGAGACCAGGACCCAGCCAAUGGGUGGCAACUAUUACAGACUUACGAGAGCCAGCGUGUCGAUGACUGGAUCAAGUGGCACAGCGAGCCGCAAUUUAAAACCGAUCUGUGGUUCCUCGUCACUGAUGAGAACGGCAAGGAGACCCGCGUCCCGGCGUGCCGCACCGUCCUCAGCAUCAACUCCGUCUUCAUACAAAAUCUUCCAGCUGGUGAUGAAGAAAUUGAGGUCAAAAUAGACCGAACAAUAUGUACCGAUGCAAUUACGGUCGUCUACUUCCUGUGGCUAAACUAUCCGUGCUUUACGAAGAAGGUCGAUGCAUCAAAGGGCCAAAUUGUAGAAUUUAUUGCGCACAGCCCCUUUGAUGGAUUGGUUGAUGAAGUAUUGGACAAGAGUAUUGGUUACGACGAAAGGCAAACGGCGGGAUUGUGCCUGGCCAUAGCCAAGAUUGCCAAGCUAGCAGAUUUUAUGUGUGCCGCCGGGACCAUCGAGCGUCUCAAGGACAUCUUCAAUAGGAUUUAUACCCGCGUGCCGGAUGGUAAGAAGACGAAAUAUCUAUACAUGGCCUCGUUCGCGCUGGAUGAUGUUGACAGCGGAGAUAGAAGAACUACGGGGGUUCGACCGGGCUCGAGUUUCGUCGAGGAGUUCCCGGCAUGCUUCCUCAGCAUGAAUGAGGCCGAGCAAGAGCGGAUCGCCGGCCACGUAGUGCCCAUGUUCGAUGCGUUCCUAAAGGGCUGUCCGCGUCAGCUCCCUCGGAACACACACACUGGCCAUUAUGAUACCCAUGUCAACAUCCCCGACAAUGUCCGUCGCCCUGCUGAGCGAAGUCUAUCGCGGCUAGCCGAUGUCACGACGUUCCUGCUCGACUUUUACGAGAAGGCGCGCUCGGGUCCUGCGUAGAGCGCGUGCAGAGCUCCCUUCACUAAGAUAUCUAGAAGCGACUAGCGGGGAGUCUCGCGCGCUGCAGCGGGGUCCGAAGAUGGGUACGGAAAGAUGCAAACUAAAAAUCC